AUGAGAGUCGUCACCGGUAACUUUACGCUCGCGGCUUUUAAAGUCCAGCACAGCAGCGAGAGGCUUUACCGCGCUUUUCUUCAGGAGCGUGAUGUUUUGCUUCACGCGACUCAUCCCAAUAUUGUCGAGCUGCUCGGUUACUCCGAUGACGGCGACCAAGGAGUACUCGUAUUCGAAUACGUAUCGAACGGGACCCUCCACGAGAAACUCCACUGUAACGGCGGUCACAUGGUCGGGUCUCCCGGUUACGCGGACCCACACUACUUGCGAACCGGUAUAAUCUCAAAAAAGAGCGACGUGUACAGCUUCGGGGUGUUGAUCUUGGAGAUGGUUACUGGAAUCGCAGCCGUUGGAUUGGAUGAUGAGAAGAUGUUGACGGUUGUGAUGAGAGAGAGGGGGUGGGACCGGUUGGAGGAGAUUGUGGACCCUACACUUCGCACGAGCUUUGAUGCUGGUGAGCUGGAGGUUUUGGGUGAUAUUGCGGGUAGGUGUGUGGGUGACCGGCCGGGGUUGAGGCCGUCGAUGGGCGAGAUUUUGAGAAUUAUGAGGGAGAGAGUAAAAUUGUAAGAUCAGUAUUUUGUGAGGGGCUUUUGUAAGAAAAUUUCGAGAGAAAGUAGGUUUACGAGGGAAUAAGUGAGAAGGUGAGGGGUGAUUUCGGAAAUGAUGUGUAAAUAUAUUUGUUUGGUAAAAGGAUGGGACGGGUUUGGUUGCUCA